CCUCUCUCUUCCAGUUCCAUUUAGCAAACCGUGGACGCAUUUGACCCGACGGCGGAGAUAUUUUGUGUAGAUGUAGUUAUGCAAUAUUACAGGUGACUUUAUUGGCUGUCUUCACUGAGGGGUUAAAUAGGAUCCGCCCUCGCGAGGGCCUGUUUUCCUCAGUGUCCCCCACACACGCACAGAUACACACACUCUCACACUCACUUACCUGCACCAACGAGAAAGUCCAGUUUGUGUUUGCGCUGCAGCAGCAAAAACAGCAGCAACAGCAGCAGAGUGAGUCCCACAGGCAGCAGCAUGGACCUGGACAGUAAACGGCUGGUGGUGGUGGUUCCAAAUGAAGUGUCGGCACCCCCGGGCAGGGUGUUCUGCAGCGAGGAUGAGGCGUGGCGGAGUUACCUGGAGAACCCACUGACUGCUGCCACUAAUGCCAUGAUGAGCAUCAAUGGAGAUGAGGACAGUGCUGCAGCUCUGGGACUGCUGUACGACUACUACAAGGUUCCCAGAGAGAGGAGAGGACAGGCCACCAGUGGAGUUAAACCCACAGACCCCUCUGUCCUCAGCUCCAAUAACUGUGGGAGCUUGGAAAUACUAGACCACCAUCUUCAGGUUCUCAGAUGCUUGCCUGUCAACCUCUCCCUAAACAACAGCUCCACUGCAGAACACCAGGGCUCCAAGUAUGGAGCUACUGGUCUUACAGGGGGCACCAGGAGAGGAGAUGGUAAAACUGAAGGCGAGGUGGCUCUUUCUCUGGUCAAGACGGAGGCCCAGGCGUCCAUGGGAGCGUCCUCCUGUGGAGGGUCUUAUCAAGGAGACACCAGAGACCAGAUAAGGAUGGUUUAUGAUCAAAGCUGUUAUGAUUUGUCCCUGUCCGGGUAUUUAAAAGAUGAACAGAGAAGCACACCAGACAGCACAUACGAAGAUCCGGAGGAAGGAGACAUUUAUCACAGGAGUCCUUCCUCAGGAGCUGAGGAAUUCCACCACAGCACAUCAGUCAGUGACAGUAUCCAGUACAGUCUGGAGGCCAGCAUGUCGCUGCGGCCGGGAGAAGGACCCAUGGCGUAUCUGAACCGCGGCCAGUUCUACGCUAUGACGCUGUCUCAGACCAACUCCAGCUCAUCCCUACAUCAGCCCAGAGGCAAAGUGCGGGUGAGUGGACUGAUGCCAUCACAGGGGCCUGGUGGGAGCCCAUCCAGUAAUGAGCAAUGCACCUUGGGAGUCUCUGAGCUGCAGCGUGACAGUAUUGUACAGAGUGUUAUCAUGGUUGUUUUCGGGGAGGACAAGUGCAGAGACGAGCAGUUGAAGAAUUGGAAAUACUGGCACUCGCGUCAGCACACCGCAAAACAGAGAGUGCUUGAUAUUGCCGACUACAAGGAGAGCUUCAGCACCAUCGGGAAUGUGGAGGAAAUUGCUUACAAUGCUGUGUCUUUCACGUGGGACAUCAGUGAAGAAGCCAAGGUCUUCAUCUCAGUGAACUGUCUGAGCACAGACUUCUCCUCGCAGAAGGGCGUGAAGGGCAUGCCUCUGAUAAUCCAGAUCGACACCUACAGCUAUAACAGCGGCAGCAGAAGACCCAUCCACAGAGCCUUCUCUCAGAUCAAGGUUUUCUGCGACAAGGGUGCCGAGCGUAAGCUUCGUGAUGAGGAGAAGAAGCAUCUCAGGAGGAGAGUAAAAGGGAAAAAUGGCAGCUCGGGGCCAGGCUCUCCUCUUAAGAGGACUGACGGCACGCUGUUCAAAACCAUGACAGACCUGGACGCCCAGCCUGUCCUCUUCAUUCCUGAUGUCCACUUUGGAAACCUGCAGAGAGCAGGACAGGUGUUUGCUUUAAACACAGAGGAGGUUGACAGAAAUGGGAGUGUUACGGUGAAGAGGUUGUCAUGUGUCGCUGAGGAAGAUUUAUGUCCACCUCAGUCCAAGAAGUCCAAGUUAGACUAUGAGAGAAAAGUUCUUCUGUAUGUGAGGAAGGAGUGUGAUGAAGUGUUUGAUGCCUUGAUGCUGCAGAGCCCGACCCUCAAAGCACUGAUGGAAGCAAUCUCAGAGAAAUAUGCACUGCCUGUCGAUAAGAUGGCCAAAGUUUACCAGAAAAGCAAAAAAGGGGUUCUGGUGAACAUGGAUGACAACAUUGUCCAGCACUAUUCCAACGAGGACACCUUCACACUGUCCAUCGAGAGCUCGGCCGACUCCUUACGUGUGACUCUGUCGGAGCUCUGACGUCAUCGGCUGCAGCCGUGUGUAAAAUAAUUGUGAAUAUUAGCAGUAUUUGACGACACCAACUGCUGGAGGACGCGUGGACCACACGAUCUCAGGCACCAAGAAGACGGGCUGAAUGUUGAAAAUGUAUGGAUUUUUUGUGUGUGUGUUGUCUUUCUUGGAUGACGAUUACUUUGUGAGUCUUUUUUUGGCUCAUAGUAUUCACUUCCUGACACAAGGUCACUUCAUAGCAGCCUGCUGUGGUUUUACUGGAGGAAGAUGGAAUAUGACUCACUCAGAGCAGAGACGUCCGUCUAGUUCCUGCUUUAUUCGUGUCGUUUCAUCUUUCAGGAGCUUUUGAUCAGAGCCGCUCUCUGUCACUCAGCAGUUCAGGGUACAGACACAUGUGUACAGUUACUUUUAAACUGGUGUUAAAACAGGUUAAUCGUCUUUAAUUACACGUGGAGUCAUGAUGGGUAAAUGGUUGCAGGAUACUGCCAAGCUGUUGUGCUUCCACAGUGCCUUAUCUCUGUUCCCGUUCACUGACAGCUGUCUUCACGCUUCAUGCAAAACAAUGUACAAUUGGUUUUUUUUGUUUUUGUUUUUUAAAUGAGCCAAUAAAUAUAGUUUUAUGUCAAACCUA